GCAGUUGACUGAAGAUUAUUCACAAAUCCACGGUGUCUCAAGUCGACCACUCUUCAGAUAUACCUCUCGUUCAAACCGAUAUCCUUGUUAUUCAUUCGCAGACAGUUAGACCAUUCUCAUCUCCGACGCCUGUUUCGUUCCGGGCACUGUCCCACGCGUGUAGCAACACUACGUUGAAACAUCCUACCUAUAUACAUAUACCAAACAGAUAAGUGAACAUUGCAACGAGUGUUCUAUUGUUUGGAUCUUAGUCAGCCCUGAGGAAAACGCGUUAAUUAUGCGAUGACCCGAUUAUACACAUUAUGUACUAUUUAAAAUAUGGUACACUGGCAGAGAUCACCCAUACGACCUUCAAGUGUGCUGUAACAAAUAGAACACACAAGAAAGGAGGACGGACAGCAUCAGCGGUAAAAUGUCGAUGUCGACAAAAGAGGUACUACCGGAUAAGCCGAUUCAAGAAAUCCGCGUCGAUUUGAAGCAGACAGUUCCGUCGGGGAAAUUGAAGAGUCCUACUAGCAACUGUUUCGAAUGUAAAUUAGAUAAGGAGAGUAAAGAAACAAAAGUUAAGACUGAGGAAAAAGAACAGUCGCAGAGUCAAAGUACCACGUGUCCGAAAGUGGAGAAACCGAAAAUCGAGGCAGCGAAACCUAAAGCUACCGAGGCAGAGAAAAGUAAACGGAAAAUAGAAGAGACGAUGGUGAAAAAAGUGACUGAAGUUGUGAGCACGAAUCAAAGCAAACCAGCGAAAUGCAAAAUGACCCCGAUCGUCGGGCACUCGGAUGAACAGAAGCCAACAAAUGUUGCUGUUCCACGGAAAUAUCCACCUUUGUCAAAGCCGUUGUUAAACGUACGUCCCAUCGUAUUGGCGACUCACUUAGUGCCCUCACUACCGAUCGGCUUGUUCGAGGUACUCGCGGAAGCAAUAGAAGUUGCAACUGAAAAGCCGGUUGCACUGAUGUACGAGCCUAGAAGUCAUAGACCAGUCGCAAAAGAUGUCGUUGAUAUCGCUAUCCUACCAGCAAAUGAAGAGUGGGAGGACGGUGAACUUCUACCCGCAAGUUUUUCUUUCAAACACCACUUAAAUAAGAAUAAUUCACCCUGUGUUUACGCAGACGUUAUAGUUGCAAGUGACCGGGCUGCACAUGUUGAAGACAUUAUAGAUCUCCGUGGUCAUCGGUGUGCACUGCCAGAUCGUAAAAAGAAAAUUGGGGCAGCAGCACUGAUAUUUAAUUACUUGUAUACUAGAGGCGAGAAUCCAACUUUCUUUGGUAACACACUGGAUGCUGACACACAAGUUGCUGCCUUGCAGAUGGUUGCAGGGAAACAAGCAGAAGUUGGAAUUAUAGAAUCACCUGUUAUUAAGUGUCAGAAGAAUCUACUUCCAGGGAUCGAUUCAGUUCAAAUCUUAACGAGUCUGGGACCUUUACCACCUUAUCGCAUCAUGGUAAAGAGGACACUUUCGGAUGACCUGACCAAAAAAAUCACAACUUAUUUGCUAAAUGUACACCAAGAUAAAGAAUGGGUGGACAAAUUUGCUUCAUUUGGCAUUACAAACUUUGCAAAAAAUUCUAUGGAAUUUUAUGAUCAAACUGAUGUAAAAUCUGUAGUUACAAGUGUACCAUAUUACUAACACUUAUCUUCUUUUUAUUCAAUUUUAUAGUAGAUAUACACACUCACAUCAUUCACUUUUUUUUUACAUUUCUUUACUUUUAUACUUUUCACAAGUUAAAAGUUUAAUAAAUACAAUAUUUUAAUAAUAAUUUUAUACAUAUAUACAAGUUAUUCUAAAUUAUAUUGUCUACGUAUUAUCUAAUAAUAUAUUAAUUAUUAAAAGUACAUAAUUUGUAGAUAACAGUAAGGACCCAUUAAAUGCUUACAAUUUUGAGACUGUUAAUAAAAUUUCAAGAAAUAUUUUAAACGAUUCUCCACUAAUGGGUUCAAUUUAAAUUAUAAAUGAUGUGUACAUUUCUUUUAACUAUAUAGGGACAUUUACAAUUUAUAAAUAUUUAUAUCAGAUAAUUCAAAACAUGUAUCAUCUUUUCUAAUGGAAAUAGUCUGAAAAAGUAAUAAAUUUAAUUCAACUAUUGAAAUUAUUUCAAACAAAUUAAGAAAUUAUAUGUACAAUUAUUUUUUCAAUUAUAUUUAUAAUAAACUAAACUUAAAUUUUUACUAUGAACAAUACUAUAAUUUUAUUUCAUUUGAAAUCGGUGCAAGCAGACGUAAUAAUAAACUAUUGAUUUCGUUGACAAACAUUUACAUUCCACAUUAUGUCCACUUUGUACAGACAAAGAAAAUACUUUAAUAACUUUACUUACACCAAUUGGGAGUUUAUAUAAACGCUAUAAAAUAGUAUUUUCGAAACUUUAAGAUAAACGUUGUAAACAUAUAUCGGAGGAAGGUGUAUUUCGAAAUGUAUCAAAUUUCAAAUUGUACAAAAUAAUACCAAAGCAUUUCCGCUGGACUUGUAAUUAUCAUUAUUAACACAAUAAAAAUUAAUUAACACAUUUGAGACUGGUAACGUAGUCCUGCAUCAUUUUACAAUUUUAAGGAGAAUGCCAGUCACAUAAUUCUACGUCAUUUCAAAAUCCGUAGCUAAAUAUUGAUAAGAUAGUUUCAUUAUAUACUUUUUAUAUUGAUACAUUUAAAUAGCAGUCUCACUUA